UUUUAAUUUACCUUUCAUUAAAAUAUGAAUCUAUUAUUGUAUGAAAAACUUAUUUUUCAUGGAAUUUGAAACAUUAGAACAUUGUUUAUGUGAAUAAUUAUUUAUAAUUUUGUUUGGAAAACCUUGAGAAAUGAGACUGUAAUUUAAAAUUUCAGAUGAGCACAAGACAGUAAUGUUUGAUGCAAUGUUAUUAGUAUCCUAGACUUCUUAAUUGAAAUUCAUUAAAAGUUAUCAGAGACAAUGUCAGUUACAAAUUAUCAAAUAAUUGAUCAAGUUUCUGACAUGGACCAUGAGCCAACAUUUCGAUAUGGAAAUAAGCUCAAGCAUUACCUGAGUUACAUAACCGUCGAGCCCACUAUGGUUCUCUAUAUGAUGGCUUUCAUGACAACCAGCGUAGUGGAGCAAUCAUUUUACAUAUAUAAAGCGUGCACAGUAAACCACGGCUAUAAUGAAACAAUAUGCAACAAUAUUAAUGAUAAGAAGUACGAAAAUAUAACCAAAGAAGUCCAGUUGACAUCAGCUACUUUCCACAUGUGGAAUAGCAUUGCUGGUCAUGCUGCUCCAAUAGUAUUAGCUUUUUUCAUGGGAGCUUGGUCUGAUAAACGAGGAAGAAAAUUACCUCUCCUUCUAGGCCUUUUCGGUAAACUCUACUUCUCUGCUAUGAUAGUGGUGAACACUCUAAAAAAGGAUUGGCCAGUUGAAUAUGUGAUAUAUACGGCAACUUUUCCUUCAGCUCUCACUGGAGCAGAUGUAGCUAUUUUUUCUGCAGCUAUUACAUAUCUUGUCGACGUGUCUUCUCAGAAAAACAGAACCAUAAGGGUGACUAUUCUGGAGGUGUGCUACUUAGCAACAAUGCCCACAGGUGUAGCUUUAGGAUCCUACCUCUUCAGAAAGGUGCUAAACCAGUCAUAUACAUACAUGUUCCUCAUCAAUACAACCCUAAUGCUAUCUGCCGUCAUAUAUACGUUGCUAAGGUUGGAAUGGAGAAGCAGCCCUACACAAAAACCUCUGUCAGAGGCUAACAACAUAUUCCUAGACUUCUUUGACUACAAUCAUGUCAAGGAUACUAUCCAAACUCUCGGUAAGAAACGUCCAGAUAACAAGAGAAGAUUCCUCCUCAUGCUGAUUGUUAUGACGGCCCUGUAUGUUUUUCAACGAGACGAACGAGAAGUGAUGUACAUGUACUGCCAGCUAGCCUUCAAUUGGACCUUGAAUCAGUUCAGCACUUUUCGUACAUUCCAAUCAGGUCUACAAGAUCUCGUUCUAUUGUUUGCCAUUCCGGUGAUGAGCAGGUUGUUUGAUUGGAGGGACACUGUCAUUAUCAUGAUUGGAGCUGCUGCACACACGACUGCUAGGGUGUUUUAUUCUACUGCCAAAGAGACGUUAGCGUUUUAUAUAGGGGGUGUUUUUGCCUCGUUUGGACCCAUUGUUGCACCUGUUGUAAGAUCAUUGGUUUCUAAAAUAGUGACAAGUUCAGAGAAAGGAAAGGCAUUCUCAGUUCUUGCUGCAGCUGAUAACGCUAUACCAUUAAUAUCUGGAGUAUGUUAUAGUGCUUUGUACUCCGCUACCAUACACAGCAAUCCACAUGCCAUUUUUUACUUGACAAUGGCGACGCAGAUUGGUGUAUUUAUACUAAUUCUGUACAUACAUAUGAAAACUGACAAAGGUGAGUUCGAAGUAGAGAUGAAAGAAAGCAUCAAACCUUCGGAUGGAGAAACUGAUAGGCAAGAAACAAACAGAGAGCGGUAACCACUAGAGAAUUAUUAGAAGAAAAUGACUUGGACAUAUUGAAUCUCAUUUUUGUGAAAGGAGUUCUUUCCAUAGUGAAGAGAGUUUUAGGUGCAAAAUAAGAAAAAUUAUCAUUGAAAACGAAAAUCAAUAAACAAGAUAAAAACAGUGGUCAUCAUUAUUAAUGUGUAUGACUGCAAAUCAAAAGAUAACUCUAUCUGACAAAUGAUUACUUUGAUAGGUAAAUAUGGAACCUCUGGAAUAAAAUGAAUCUAGAACGAUUUUCCAAUACUAGACGCGCAUUUCGCUAACCAAGUCAGCAUCAUCAGGUGAUGGAAAGGUCAAUUUCAUCUUCUGAUAAAUAAUUACUGAAUUGACUAAUUGGAGACUGAAAUUGGGAGGACUUUCAUUGUGUACUAAAUUUAAUUAUGAAAAUUAUAUACUAAAUUGAGUGAAGUCAUAUUACUAUCAUACCAUGCACAUUUGAUAGGUAGAACUUUGGGGUAAAAUAAAUAUAAUGAAAACACUUCAACUACAUCCAGAACUAAAACUUCGGCAUUCCAUCAUCCCCUGAUGAUGCAUUUUUGGAUAGUGUGCAUUAUGAAAUAGUGCUUCAGUUUUGGUAGAGAAUAUGUAGGUUUGAUAUAUUUAUAUUCAAGUAUUUCCACAAUAAACUGCCAUUUUUGAGUUAAAUGUAAUAAAAGGGUAUACCUAAUUCCUAAUUAGCUGUUCUGUAUCUUUUCCUGAGAGAUCGAAUCACUUCCUCCUUGAUCGCUCGCUCUGUUCAAUGUUUGUUGAUCAGGAAAAUCGGUCAGCAUCUGUGAAAUAUGAUUCAAGUUGGCUGUUGACUUCCCAACAACUUUUUUAUCAACAGCUCAACAGCUGUUGAAAUCUCUUAAUUUCAAUGAAGGCAAAUGCUUCCGAAACAUCAUUCCUUCUCAAUAAUAACA